CUUCCCGCCCACAAAAUGUCACGUUAUCUGGGAGGGAGACAAUGAAACUUUCAUUAACGUGAUUAACAAAAGGGCCUAUAAAUGACGAGAGAAACGCGGUAAAUGCCAGAAGCGUGCAGAGAGGGUCUGUGGUCAGGUUGGGGACGUUUGGAAACAGGUUGUCGGAAACUCAGUGGAAGAAAACAUGCCGGUAGCAGGAGGAGAAACAAAGGAGAGAGGGGACAACGAAGAGAACUUAGAGGAGACCGUUAACGAGGUUCUGGACAUCCACCCUACCCAGCUGCAGUGUGGCGGCUGCAGUAAGAACAUUUCCGACAGAUACUUCCUCAAGGCAAUGGACGAGUACUGGCACGAGGACUGUCUGUCGUGUGACCUGUGCGGGUGCAGACUGGGGGAGGUGGGCAGACAUCUGUACAGUAAAUAUGGCAGGAAACUCUGCAAGAGAGACUACCUAAGGUUGUUCGGGAAAGAUGGAACCUGUUGCGCUUGUGGGAAGCGUAUCCGGGCUUACGAAAUGAUGAUGAGGUCACUUGACAAGGUGUUUCACCUGGACUGUUUCAAGUGUUUCACCUGCAAUAAGAACUUCUGUGUGGGAGACAAGUACGUGCUGAUGGAGAACACCAUCUUCUGUGAUAACGACAUCCCGGAGUUCAGGGAACUGAUUUCUGACGACUGAAAAUUUCCACUUGGCUGUUCGAUACGUUACAUAUACUGUACUGGUAUUGUUGAUACAAAUGUCAAAUGUGUGAAAAUUGUGUUCCAGGGUUUCCACUACAUUCUUGUGAUGCUUGAACGUACAUGUACAAGGUCAAAGUGUCUGAAAUCCAAUUCUGAAGAACGAAAAUUUAUCCUCACGAUAGUCUAUGCAUCAGAGCCUGCGGAUGAUUGAUUGACUGGUUGAUUGAUUGAUUGAUUGAUUGAUUGAUUGAUCGAUUGCUUAAUUGAUUGAUAGUCUAUGCAAACUAGUAUGUCAAAGUGGUGGAUGGAACGGUACUAUAU